CAUCCCAUCAAAAUCACAAAUUAACAUCAGAAUCUCUCAGUAUGAAUCAAAUCAAUUCCCUUCUUCUUCUUCUCACUGUCUUCUUCUUCAUCUCUGCAAGCUCUUCUGAAUCAACCUCUAAUGGUGAAGAGGACAUUUUGAUUCGUCAAGUUGUUUCGAACAACUACCACGAUGACCUAAUUCAAAACGCAGAACGUCACUUCAAAAUCUUUCUCAAGAAAUUUGGGAAAAAAUAUGCUGAUGAAGAUGAACAUUCGUAUAGAUUUUCUGUGUUUAAAUCUAACUUAGAACGUGCUAAACGUCACCAGAGUCUUGAUUCUUCUGCUGUACAUGGAGUUACACAGUUUUCUGAUUUAACACCAACUGAAUUUAGGAAAUCUGUGUUAGGGUUGAGGAGUUUGAAACUUCCUACUGAUGCUCAGCAAGCUCCGAUUCUUCCAACUAAUGAUCUUCCUACAGAUUUUGAUUGGAGAGAUCAUGGUGCUGUUACUGAUGUUAAGAAUCAGGGUACUUGUGGGUCUUGCUGGUCAUUCAGUACAACUGGAGCAUUGGAAGGAGCUAAUUUUCUUGCUACAGGGAAACUUGUUAGCCUCAGUGAGCAACAACUUGUUGAUUGUGAUCAUGAGUGUGAUCCAGCAGAAGCCGGUUCAUGUGAUUCAGGGUGCAAAGGCGGGUUGAUGAAUAGUGCAUUUGAAUAUACACUCAAAGCUGGUGGACUUCAACGCGAGGAAGACUAUCCUUACACUGGAAAUGAUCGCGGUCAAUGCAAAUUUGACAAGAGCAAAAUUGCUGCAUCAGUAGCGAAUUUCAGUGUUGUUUCUAUAGAUGAAGAUCAAAUUGCUGCCAAUCUAGUGAAAAGCGGUCCUCUUGCAGUGGCUAUCAAUGCAGUUUACAUGCAAACCUACAUUGGAGGUGUUUCAUGUCCUUACAUCUGCUCGAAAAAUCUUGAUCACGGUGUAUUGUUGGUGGGAUAUGGUUCUGGAUCUUAUUCUCCCAUCCGCUUGAAGGAGAAACCAUACUGGAUCAUUAAGAAUUCAUGGGGACCAACCUGGGGAGAGAAGGGAUACUACAAAAUCUGCAGAGGUCCUAGUAUCUGUGGAGUUGAGACCAUGGUCUCAACUGUGGCAGCUGUUCAUGUGAAUCAUUAGUAAAUCUCAAGUCACAGUUCCCUGACAUUCGUUGAUGGCACAGCUAGCUUUCCUGUAAAUAAGAAAAAUGCUGAUGUGUAUGUAUAUCACAACUACCAUCUCGGAGUCUUAAGACUCAAUUGUUGAAAGUGAAACAGGAAUCAAUUUGCACAUCGAAUGCUAGUCUCAAACUUUAAAUAUGAAA